AAAAUAAACUCAAGUUUCUGUGUUGUACCCACUAAAUGUUGAACUGCAGCUUUAGCAAGCUCUGACCAACUUUAUCUUGAAGUGUGAACAGAAUAUUGAAAGUUUUCUGAUGUGUCUUAUUUGCUUCUAGUCUUGCUAAAUAUUUACUUAAAACCCUUAUUACUAGAGGAGUGGCUUAAAUCCUUUCAUAUUUCCUCUUUAGCCAGGAAUCUGGAGUUCUGCCAAUUAGCCUCAACAAAACCUCUUAUAGAAUAAGGCUGGGCCCAUCCUGACUUCUGAUAGAUGAAUCAUCAUUUCCAGCACUUCCUGCUAGUUCUGUCCAAUUAUUUCUUUUUGGGUUCUUGUUUGAGCCCAAAACAAAUGGCUCUGUACUUUCCAUGACAGAUUUUAAUUCUUUAACUACUUUUCUCUCUCUUCAGAAGUUUUGUUAAUCUUGUUAUUGUUUGUGUAAAUCUUGAGGAAUUUUUUUUUUUAGAGAAAGCAGUGAGAACAUAGCGCUGUUUCCCCAGGGGGAUAUCUAGCAACAGCGGAAGAAAGAAACUAUUUGCACAUACAGCCAUCAUGUCCACAGAGGAAUUGACAAGAAGACUUAAAGAAGAACUGAUCUGCUCCAUUUGCUUAGAUCGUUUCCAUGAUCCAGUCUCCAUACACUGUGGGCACACCUUCUGCCAAGCUUGCAUUAUUAAACACUGGGAUUUCAUGAACAAAAAACAUUUCCACUGUCCUAAAUGUAGAGCAACCAGCCGGAAAAGAAUCCUAAAGCCCAACCGAGAGCUGGGAAACAUUGCCAGAAUUGUCCCAAACCUGGACAAAAAAACCAAAGAAAAAGAAAAGAAAAAAGAGAAGGUAUGCCAGAGGCACCAGGAACCACUAAAACUCUUUUGCAAAAAUGAUCAAAUGGCGAUCUGCGUGGUGUGUGACAAAUCGGAAGAGCACAAGGACCAUACGGUGUUUCCUGUGGAGCAAGAAUUCCAGGACCAACUGAUAUUUUUGAAGAAAAAAAGAGAAAAACUUCUUAAAUUUCAGGCAAUGAAUGCAGCGAGGAAUACAGAAGCCAUGAAUACAAUCGGUGCUGGGAUUCAGAAAACAUCCUUGGCUUUUAAGGAGAUUUUUCAAUCCCUUGAGGAACAGAAGCAACUGCUGCUGGCCCAAUGGCACUCACUCCAGACAGCAGUCAAGGAACAGGAAGUUCAUAAUGCCACAAUUUCAGAGGAAAUUUCUUGCCUGGAUAGCCUUAUCACUAUGGCAGAAGAAAGAUGGCCAACACUAGAGCUUGAGUUUUUACAGGAGAUGCAGACUGCAUCAGUGAGGUUAAAGCAAAAGAAGUUUCAAGAGUUAGACGAUCUUCUUCCUGAAAUGGAAAAACAGCUUGCUUAUCAAACAAGACAAAAUGAGGUUGUCACAAGUACUUUGUGGAAAUUCGAAGAUGUUCUAACAUCUGUUAGGAAGAAGGAAGAUUCGAGCUCUCCUAUUGCAAAAAAGAGGAAAUCGGAAGACCAAGCAGCUGAUGAUGCUUUUGAUUAUAGCCCAGAAAGCGGAAUGCAUUCCUCACCAUCUCAGCAGCCUGAUCAAAAGGCACCAGUAGGAGAUAAUCUGUCUGAAGAUCCUAAGUGCUGGUUGUUGCUCGUCCGGACCAUGGGGGAUCUGGGGAAACCCUCGUCUCGGGUUCAGAACAGCCCUGAGCAACGAACCUCCGAGUCGAAGGUGUCGGAAGGGCUGCAUCUGCAAGCAAUCGAAGGGUUGUGGGGAGAAGCCUUGUGUGAAAAGCAUCGCGAGCCCCUCAAGGUUUUCUGCUGGGAGGACUGCGCCUUCAUCUGCUUGGUAUGCGCCAAAUCCCAGAAGCACCGAGCCCACCUGGUACGUCCCGUCGAGGAGGCAGCUCAAGAUUACAAGAAAGACAUCCAGAUCAAGCUACAUAAUCUGAAGCUGUGGAGAAUGGAUGUUGAAAGAUCAAAUCAGACUCAGGAGAAGCAAAUGGCCGUGUAUUUGGAAGACAUCGAAGCAGAGAGAAGAAAGAUUGCACAGGCAUUCCAGCAACUCCGCUCAUUUCUAGAAGAGCAAGAAAAUGGCUUCUUGGCUAAGUUGAGUGACCUGGAGAAGCAACAGGAUGAAAGUAUCACCAGACUUUCAAACAACAUUUCUUUUCUCAAUGAUCUGAUCUGUGACCUAGAGAAGCACUGUCAGAGGCCUGCGGGUGAAUUUUUGCAGGAUCUCAAGGAAACUUUAAGCAGGUAUGAAAAGGGUGCGCUCCUUUGCUUCCAAGAGACACCUGUUAACCUGGAAAAAGAUCUCAGGGCCAUCUCUCAGCAAAGUGAUCUAUUAAUGGAAAACUUCAAUUUCUCCCCAGUCAGCGUGACCCUAGACCCACGUACAGCCAAUCCCCAUCUCUUCCUCUCCUUGGAUCAGAAGACAGUCACGCACCAGGAUCACACGCAGGCCUUGCCGGACAAUCCUGAGAGAUUUGAUGCAGAGUUCUUUGUGCUGGGCUGCGAAAGCUUCUGCUCUGGGAAGCACUCCUGGGUGGUGGACAUCAAUUGGGAGCUCUGCCGGAAGCCCCUUCCACAAAUGGCGCAUUUGUACGGCUUCUCCCCGGUGUGGAUCCGCCAGUGCUUGAUGAGCACCGAACCUUCGCUGAAACACCUCCCACAGUCUGAGCAGACCUCAUCGCAGGAACUUACCGGGCUCCAUGCCCAAGCGAGGCUCCCCGUUUUAGCGGACUUUCAAUCCCGAGGCGGCUCUAAGCCGCAGCGCCGGAACGCCGAUGCCCAUCUCACUUUCCGUCCAAAUUCUUGCGGCCUUUUGUGUUGCCCCGAGAAGCAUGGUGGAAAAUGUAGUCUGGAGAGCGAAGAAACGGGAUGCCCUCUGGGUAGUGUAGUUCUGCGUUGGCCGCUUGGCACCCACUACGGCAUCGCGCUUUGCGGGGAUGGGCGACGUCCGACAUGGAAACGUCGGGGAUGUCAAAAUCGUUUUGGGCUUCCAUUGGGCUCGUUUAAAGCGCGCGUCCUUGGCCUUCCGCCCAGCUGCGGGCCGCGGAAACUCAACGGAGGCGGCAGGCAGAUCUCGCACGCGAAACGCAGUCCGGCGCGUUCGUUAGGGACCCCGACGAAGCGUCACCGUACCAUAGAGAGAGGAGCCAGAGGCGGUCUAGAACGCCUCUCGGGCUUUCCCUUUCAGUUCCGGUGUGAGCGAGCGGGGGAGGGGGAGAGUGGUAGUUUGGUAGAGUUCGGUUGGUCGAGGGGUGGGGGACUGUCUGUCAGCCUGGCUCCGGCCGUUGUGACUCUUGAGGGCGAGCGAGCGAGGAGGAGGAGGAAGAGGAAGAGAAGGAGGAGGAGGGCGCGAGCUCUUGGAGGAGCAGGGAGGAGGCCUCGCAGUACCGGCCGAUUCCGGAGUUGGCCGAGCGGGCUGCGGGGGCCGAAGAGAAGCGGGCGGGUGCGCCGCCUUCUCCUCCCGGGUAUCUUUGGGGAGGGAACUUCCCGGCGGCGGGCAAGCAGGGAAGGGUCUGGAAGUCCUGGUAGGGCCGAGGAAAGCACUCGGCCUGUCGGCGCGCCUAGUCCGCCGCGGCGUAGCGGUCUCAUGGCAGCCGCAGUAGCUGCGGGGGGCUCCGGGGGCCCGCUGAACCCUGUGGCGACCCUCCACGAGGAAGCCGUCUGUGCCAUCUGCCUGGAUUACUUCGUAGACCCGGUGUCCAUUGGAUGCGGCCACAACUUUUGCCGCGUGUGCAUCACUCAGCUUUGGGGUUCUCGUGACGAAGAAGAUGACGACCCAGGAGCCUCUGGCUCAGAAGGGGCUGAUUAUGAGGAUGAUGGGGGGAUCGAUGACCUGGGGCCUGAGGAAGACGGGGAUUACGACGACAACGAUCUGGAGGACAAUGAUUAUUUAGACGACGGAGAUAUGGGCGACGAGGAAGAAGAGGAUGAUGUAUCCAGGGACGAGUACGAUGAUGAAGAUGAAGAUGGCUGGGACGAUGAUGACAGAGAGUACUGGGACCAGGACAUAUGGAAUGCUAGUAUGGGGAGUGAUUUGUUUUUUGAUAAUUAUGAUGAGGACGAGGAAGUAAUGGAUGAAGAGCCAGAAGAGAUGGCAGAAUAUACAGUGCCGGCAACUCCGCCUACUCCGCAGCGGCAGCCUUUCACUUGCCCUCAGUGCCGCAAAACUUUUCCUCAUCGCAAUUUCCGACCCAAUCUUCAGCUGGCCAAUAUGGUGCAGAUCAUCCGACAGAUGCAUCCACAACCACUGAAGCCUGUCAUUUCGUCAGCUCACGUGGUGGAGAUGGCAGCAGCAGGGGAUUCGUCAGGGGUGCCAUCUACUUUAGCUGCAAGUCAUGCUCCAAGAGCCCUGUGUGAGAAACACCAGGAGCCACUUAAGCUCUUUUGUGAGGCAGAUGAAGAGCCCAUCUGUGUAGUGUGCAGAGAGUCACGAACCCAUAAACACCACAGUGUUAUGCCACUGGAGGAAGUUGUGCAAGAAUAUAAGGCUAAACUCCAGGGUCACUUGGAUCCAUUGAAAAGGAAACUGGAGUCAGUUCUGAAGCAGAAGUCAAAUGAAGAGGAGAAGAUAACAGACAUCAGGAACAAGAUGAAACUUGACAUGAAAGAGUUUGAGUCGGACUUUGAGCGGCUGCAUCAAUUCCUGGUUGGAGAGCAAGCCAUGCUGCUUCACCAGUUGGAAGAUCGCUAUGAGAUAGUAGUAGCAAGCCAGAGUAGCAACAUCUCUCACCUGGAGGAGCAAGGUGCUGCACUAAGCCGUCUUAUUGCGGAAGCAGAAGACAAGAGCAAGCAAGAUGGUCUGCAGAUGCUCAAGGAUUUCAAAGGCACUUUAGUCAGGUGUGAGAAUAUCACAUUCCAGGAUCCAGAGAUGGUGCCAGUGGACACAGGAAAGAAAUACCGGAACUACUUCCUUAUAGAUGUUUUAAUGAGGAAGAUGGAGAAGGUCUUUAACAAAGCACCUCAAGCGGAUUUGACUCUGGACCCUGAAACAGCUCAUCCACGGCUCACCCUUUCCUCAGACUCUCGCAGCGUCCGACUUGGGGAACGUUGGCGGGAUCUGCCAGAUAACCCAAAGCGCUUCGAUUCCGACUACUGUGUGUUGGCCGUGCAGGGCUUUAUGUAUGGUCGCCACUACUGGGAAGUGGAGGUGGGUGGCCGGCGAGGGUGGGCUGUAGGGGCAGCCCGUGAAUCGGCCCGACGAAAAGAGAAAUCCAGCAGUGGUUCCCACCAGAAACGGGAGAUCUGGUGUGUAGGAACCAAUGGUAAGAAGUACCAGGCCUUGACUACCACUGAGCAGACAUGCCUUUCCCCGGCUGAGAAAUUACGGCGCUUUUGUGUCUACCUGGACUAUGAACGAGGCCAGCUAGGAUUCUACAAUGCUGAAAACAUGGCUCAUAUUCACACCUUCAAUGCUUCAUUUCGCGAGCGCAUCUUCCCCUUUUUCCGCAUUCUUUCUAAGGGGACCCGCAUAAAAAUCUGCAAUUGAUGCGAUUGCAGCUGUUGCACAUAGCUGAAUUUAUCCCUUGAGGCCUCUGCUUCAUCCCAGUCCUCCCAUCCCCACACCUAAUUAUGCCUGAUAAGAGUUUCUCUUCAUCCUUGGACUCUGAUGGAUUCCUUAUCGAGCUCAUAUUUCGGAUUCCUUUUGACAGAGAUUCUUCCCUUUGAUGAGUUCAGUUUUGCACAGUUCUACUCUGGUGCUUGACCAGGUCGUGGAUCUGAUUUUAUUUUGCUCGUGGUCCAGAUCCAUUUUAGCAAAAAAAAACGUGCUUUCUCUUUCCUUAUUCCUUUGUGAUAGAAUCACACGUCAGCUGAUUAUACUAUUCUCAUCUUUAGAUGGCUGAGACGCUGACCUUCAGAAGAUAAAUUAGACCUUUAUGAGCAUGUAAUUAUAAGGUUGGUGGGACCUGCCAUAGCUUUUGACUUGGGUUUAACAAUCCAAAACUACUUCUUGACUUUUCUGAAGAUACUUUCUAGUCAGGCUUUGACAACUUAAACAAAAUAUAGACCUAUAUGUGGUAGUUUUUCUCUGUUUUGAAUUCCUCCGAUCAGACAAGAUGACUGUUCCAAUAUGUUCUUGGGGUUUGAUCAAAGUCCAUGCUUUAAGCUGGGAUGAGGAACAUAUGGUUCUCCAUAUGUUACCGAAUGACAGUUUCUAAGAGCCCCAACAAUCACAGCCUAUGUUGAAGGAUACAGGAGUUGUGCUCCAGUAACAUCUGGAAAAUGAACAGCCCCAAUGUUAAUCUGUGUUGCUGUCAGCAGAGCCUGGAUUCCUGUAGCCGUCACAAUAGCUUUGCAUUUUAAAGCAACAAUAUGGAAAUAUUUUGACAGAUUCCUAACGCUAUUAUUCCUUCUUUAAUUGCUCCAAUGCCUUUAUUCUGAUUUCCUGUUUUUGCAAUUUACUAA